AUGGAGGGACUCUUCACCUUGCUCGCGCUGGGCAUCGUGAUGGCGGUGACGUCAUUCGUUGUCGGCUCUCUCCCUUUAGCAUUGACACUCUCCGCAUCGCAAUUAAGAUUGAUAUCUUCCAUUGGCAUGGGAGUUCUAGUCGGUACAUCUUUGAUCGUUAUCAUCCCCGAAGGGGUUGAGACCUUAUAUAGCGCCAAUGCUGUCAGUCGCAAGACUGUCGGCGCCCGCGCAAACGCAGUCGAGUGGUCCUCUGAAGGUCCCAUUUCAAAAGUCAUCGCGAAGGACGAUAUUCAUGCCUCUCCCUCGGCCUCCAGCAUACCGGUGCCAUUCCUGGACAUUGAACCCCAGCAAAAAUCACCGCUUGCCCGCCGACACGAAUCUUUCGAGUCUUCAAAUGCGCUGCGCGUACGCAAAGACGAGACCUCGAGCGCCAAAGAACAGCAUGGGAAGGAGGAAGAGAAAGAAGGGAGUUCGCCACAUGCUUGGAUUGGUGUCGCCCUUAUCAGCGGUUUCAUCCUCAUGUACCUCAUAGACAAGGUCCCCGAAUAUGCUUCACCGACCAAGUCCGAUCGACAGCCAUAUCACAUCUCCCUCGACAACCUAGGAUCAGGCCUACGGCGUGGCUCCUCUCCCUCCCGACCCGAUGGUCUCCUGGAAACAGGUCCUUCGCGGCAGCAGCACAGCCACAGUAUGGCGACAACCAUGGGCUUGGUCAUUCACGCCGCCGCAGAUGGCAUUGCAUUAGGUGCCUCGAGCACGGACAAGGGACUUAGCUUCAUCAUUUUCUUUGCCAUUAUGGUCCACAAGGCCCCCGCCUCCUUCGGUUUAACUUCAAUUCUCCUGAAGCAGGGGCUCUCGACCCGUACCGCUCGAGCGCAUCUACUGGUCUUCAGCCUGGCUGCCCCUGUAGGUGCCCUGGUAACCUUCCUCUUCGCCCAUCUACUUGGGACUGCCGGGGGUGACGAGGCUGCGUCCUUGUGGCGGACCGGGAUGCUGUUGCUUUUCUCUGGUGGCACUUUCUUGUACGUCGCCGUGCACACGAUGCAAGAAAAUGGACACUCUUCUGGAUCGCGCGAGCUGCCGCAAAAUGGGUACACCGAGUCGCGUGACUCGCCGAAAGAAUCCGAUAAGUCGAUGCGCGAUCUCGUGGCAUCUGUACUGGGAAUGAUCCUGCCACUCUUCCUACAAGUCGGCCACGCACACUAA